CACAAUUUUCAUCCUAUUAUUGUUAUUAUGAUAUAUAAUUUUAAAUUAGGGAUAGGAAUUUGAAAGAUUUUGAGUGCGUAGCUUUUUCCAUUCAUUCCCUCUCUCUUUUCUCUCUCGGAAAAUUGAAACUUUCAUGAGAGAGAAAGAGAAGAAGAAUAGGAGGAAAAGGAAGAGGAAGAGGAGCAACGGGACGACGUCCAAGAGAAGGAAAACUCCAUAAUUUGUAAAGAUAGAUUCAAAGAUAGGAAAUUAAAGGAACCCCUGUUUUUAGGAAGGAGAGAACAGUUCCGUUCCUUUGUUUUGAGGAGUUUUUGUUGAUUAGUUUCUGUUGUUUUUUCUUUCUUUCUUUCUCUUGCUUCCCUCCGCUUCGUCACGAUCAGGAUUCUGAUACGUACGUAAACAAGGAGGGGGAGGGAGGGGGGAUUUGGAGAAAAAGUGGAAUUUUUUUGUGAAUAUUUCAUAGGAAGAUUUGUAUGAGGGUACAAAGAGAUUUCAAAGGGGAUUAGCUACUUCGUCGGAGAAAGAAAUUUAAGCCCGGAUGAUAUCCGGUGGUUAUUAUACAUGGAAGAAGUGUGAUGAUAAAUGUGCCGAUGUUUGUGGUCAGGUGCUUUGUCAAUGUCAGGCUGAAAAGUUUAUCGAAUUUUUGGUCAUGAAAGUUCUUCCUGGAACUGAACUGCUUCUUGGGACUCUGGAGAAAAGAAUGAGUUCUGAUUGUCUUAUAUAGCUUGAGAAAUAAAUAAACAAGCUUCCCCAACACUCUUAAGCAUGUCGAGCGUCCGGUGCUUUCUCCAGGGACUAGAUCUCAGAUCAAUUUUCUUUUUGUUCCUGGUUAUCCCAUCGGGUGUCUUUUUCAUAUAUUCUCAUGGGCAGAAGAUAACCUACUUCCUUCGGCCGCUGUGGCAAUCUCCUCCAAAGCCUUUUAUCCCCAUAACCCAUUACUAUAAUGAAAAUGUCUCAAUGCCAGCUCUUUGCAAGCUCCAUGGUUGGGGCGUUCGUGAGUUCCCAAGACGUGUAUAUGAUGCAGUCUUAUUUAGCAAUGAAGUUGACAUGCUCACGAUCAGAUGGAAAGAACUGUAUCCUUACAUCACGCAGUUUGUUCUGCUUGAAUCGAAUUCCACGUUCACUGCUUUACCUAAACCUCUCAACUUUGAUAUAAACCGGGACAAGUUCAAAUUUGUUGAGCCUCGGUUGACAUAUGGAAAAAUCGGUGGAAGAUUCCGGAGAGGUGAAAACCCAUUUAUUGAGGAGGCAUACCAGAGGCUUGCACUUGACCAGCUUCUCCAAGUUGCGGGCAUAGAGGACGAUGAUUUGCUGAUUAUGUCUGAUGUUGAUGAGAUUCCUAGCAGGCACACGAUCGAUCUCCUUAGAUGGUGUGACGAUAUUCCUCCUGUUCUCCACCUUCAGCUCCGGAACUACUUGUACUCAUUUGAGUUCGAGCACCGUGACCUGAGUUGGAGAGCUUCAGUCCACAGGUAUAAGAGGGGGACGACUAAAUAUGCCCAUUACCGUCAAUCUGACUACCUACUGUCGGACUCGGGCUGGCACUGCAGCUUCUGCUUCCGACGUAUCAGUGAUUUUAUAUUCAAGAUGAAGGCCUACAGCCAUACAGAUCGAGUGAGGUUCUCUCAUUUCCUGAAGCCCAAAAGGAUUCAGGAUAUAAUCUGCAAAGGGGCUGAUUUGUAUGACAUGCUCCCCGAGGAGUACACCUUCAGGGAUAUCAUCGGGAGAAUGGGUCCUAUUCCACAUUCCUUUUCAGCCGUUCAUCUUCCCUGGUAUCUGUUGGAGAACGCGGACAAAUACAAGUACCUUUUACCUGGAAAUUGUGUAAGAGAACGCAGCUGAGCACGUUGAAUGCAAAGAGGCACAUUUCCUAGAAGCGGUAUGGGCAGUAAUGUAUAAGGAAUGAAGCGAAUCUUCAAGGACGACCUGGGAAGACGCAUCCGGCAGAUAGUUAUACUCAGACAAACUUAGAUGCAUUCUCAAUCCAAGAAAAGAAGCUCACUCCAUUUUCACAUCAUGGACUCAUCUUGAUGGCUGGCUGCCUCCUCUUGUUUCAACAUGUUCUGCAUUUCAUCGGUUCACGACUCAAUCCGAGGUUUAGCAGUCCCGAAUUUUUGUUUUGUUCUCUUUUUUGAUAUUUUACUCUUCUUCACAGACUAAUUUACUUGUGUAGAUAGCUUGUUUUCUUGAACCUCCUUGAUUUUUACUUAAUAGGACUGAUGAGAUGCCGCUAGUGUUAGUAUUUUUUUCCUGUUGCAUAGAGUCAUAUGUUCUUGUUAUUCGAUUGCUUUGCCACUUAAUUCUUAAUCUUGCCCAUACAUAUGUUGUAUGCUAGGCCAUUUCCUUUGA